UUUCCCUUCCCUAAAAUGUUUCUCUCUCUUAUCUCUAUUUUCUUGUCAAAUAUUUUCUCUCUCAUCCAAAAUCAUCAAAUCAUCGCCUGAAAAGUUCGCCGCCAACCUCUUUUUUAGCUGAUGGCCGGAACAUUGGUGGUAACACGUAAAUCGCGUCGCUAGCGUUUGGAGGAAUUGCUGGAAUCGGUUUUGCAUUAGAAGCAUUUCUGAGAAUAGGAGUUUCUAGGGUUUUGUGUUAGUGAUUGAGGAAGGUGGGGGAUUAUUUGAAGUUGCGAUUGGUUGAUAUUCUUUAAUUGCGUUGGAGACUGGGGAAGAGAGACGUGGGUUGAGGAGGAUAAUGUGUAUACUUUGCGUGAUUCAGAAGUGGUCGCGGAGGAUUGCUACCAUGUUGCCAUGGCUAGUAAUACCACUGAUUGGGCUAUGGGCUCUUUCGCAGCUCUUGCCACCGGCGUUCCGAUUUGAAAUCACGUCCCCGAGGCUUGCUUGCUUGUUAGUUCUGUUGGUAACACUGUUCUGGUACGAGGUUCUGAUGCCUCAGUUGUCAGCAUGGAGGGUCAGGAGGAAUGAUAGGCUUAGGGAGAGGAAAAGGUUUGAGGCCAUUGAAAUGCAGAAACUGAGGAAGACUGCCACCCGGAGGUGUAGGAAUUGCUUGACAGCGUAUCGGGAUCAGAAUCCUGGUGGGGGCAAGUUCAUGUGCUCUUAUUGUGGCCAUAUUUCGAAGAGGCCAGUUCUGGAUUUGCCAGUCCCUCCAGGAAUGGGUAAUUCAGGGAUAUUGAAGGAUCUGGUUGGCAAAGGUGGGAAGAUAUUGAAUGGGAAGGCUUGGUCAGACAAUGGGUGGAUAUGUGGGCAGGACUGGCUGGAGAACGGUAAUUGGGUUGCAGGGCCUUUUGCUGGUAAGUCAAAUUGGAAGAGGAAUGGCGGUGGCUUAUUUGGUGGGGAGGAUGACCAUUGUCUGGCGGAAAAAUCUUAUUCUCGUGUAUUUAUUUUUGCUUGCAAAGCAUUAACAGCUUUUUUAUUGAGCAUCAUGUGGGUUUGGAGAAAGAUUUUUAGGGUUAGUUCAUCCGGAGAUGAUACUUCAUCUGAUUCAGAACGCAGAGGAAUGCUGGAUAAUCAAAGCGAAGGUGGAGGGAACGGUCAGGAGAGUAGAGGAGAGAAAGCUCGAAGAAAAGCCGAGGAGAAGAGGCAGGCUAGAUUAGAGAAGGAGCUCCUAGAAGAGGAGGAAAGAAAGCAGCGCGAAGAGGUCGCAAGGUUGGUUGAAGAACGGAGGAGAUUACGAGAUGAGAAAAUGGAGGCUGAAAAAGAGCGUGGAAAGGGGUCCCCCCGAGCUAAGGAAAGAGAUAGUAGAAAAGAAUCUGAAAGGAAGCGCCAGGAAAGAAGGAAGGAGAAAGACAGAGGAUCAAGUAAAAGCAACUCUGAUGUUGAGGAGUUGGAAAAGAGAGUGAGCAAAGAAAGUGACCAGAACAAGAGGAGUGAUAGUGAUAGACGUGAGCAACAGCGAAGUGCACCUGAAAGUAUGAAACCUCAUGGUACAGAACUGGGGCAUGGAUUUAAGGGUGCUGCAGCAGGUAAUCAUAACCGAGGGAAUGCUGGAACAAGAUAUUUGGAUCGCAUGCGGGGCACAUUUUUAUCUUCUUCCAGAGCAUUUACCGGAGGUGGUUUUUUUGGAAAGAAUACUAACACGUCUACUGUUUCAAGAGAACAGAAACCUAGCUCAUUGGUAGAAAAUGCUCAAGCUCUUGCAUCUAGAAAAGAAAUAUUACAACCUGACCAGGCUUCUGGGAGGCCAACUGUAAAUGGAGAUGAUAAGAGUUCUAACCGCCCGCAGGUGCUCAUUGAACCUCAACCAUGUACAGCCCCUAAAAAGUCGUGGCAGCAACUAUUCGCUCGUUCACCAGCUGUUGGUCCCCCCUCUAACUCGAAUGUUAUAAGCAGACCAACCGGGAAGCAUAAAGCAGAAGUUCAGUGCACUCCCUUUUCUGGCAAUCCUCCGUCAACACAAUCAUUUGACAAUCCUAUUGAUUUUGGGCUGCAGUCUCCGUUCAGUCUCUUUGGAUCAAGUAGUAGCAGUUCAGUUCUUCCAUUAUCUUCUGAAACCAUGCUCCCGAAAAGGGGAGAUAAACCACAUCAAUUUUUGCCAGAGGAGUCAGAGAUUUUUGAAGACCCCUGUUAUGUUCCAGAUCCGAUAUCCUUGCUUGGACCAGUUUCUGAAUCACUUGAUAGCUUUCAGCUGGACCUGGGUUUUGUUGAUACUGGAUUGGAAAAACCAUGUGCUGUGAAGACUAAAGCUGCACCUUCCAAAGUUACCAAGCCAUCACCAAUUGAGUCUCCAUUAUCGCGGUCACGUGUUUCAGAAGAUAGCUCCAAUGUCUUAAACGGCGAUGGCUCAUGGCAGAUGUGGAAUAGCUCUCCUUUUGUUCAGGAUGGUCUUGGUUUGGUUGGCGGGCCUGUCAACUGGCUUUUACAUCCAGAGAUGAACUUGUUAAACAAGGAAGACAAUGUGCGUCAGGUACCUCAUAAAACAAUGGCUUCACUGUUCAAGAAGGAUGAGCAAAUCUCUUCUGGCUCUCAUCCUCCGCAGCAUGUUUUAUUUGGGAAUUCCCAGAAUGGUGGAACAAUUAAUUCAUCUGGGCCUGCAAUUUCUGAUGGUCCGUGGUUGCCAAGAACUUUAUUUGGACAAACUUCUGAUAAUCAAGCUGUGAUGAAGCCUAAGGGGGAAACCGUUCAGAAUGGCCUAAUUUAUGGAAAUACUAGUGGACCUCCUGCUAACCAUCAAUUUGACCUGUCUGCUUCUAAUUGUUGGACUAGAAAAGACUGGACGGUGCCGGGCUCACGAGAAAGUGCUCCUAUCAACAGGCCUCACAUUGGAGGCCUCUAUUCCCCACCAGAUGUACAGUCUCUUUGGUCAUAUGAGUAGAUAGGAAAAAGAAAAGAAAAAGAUGGAACAAUGACAUAGUAUCGUGGACUCGAAUUCCUCCUAUUGUGAAAGAGGAAAAUAGCCUCUUUUUUGGGAGAUCUAUAUAAUACAGGACUCGCAUUGUAUCUUCCUUCUUUUCUAUACAAGGGAGAUUUUAAUUUUA